AUGCGUAAGCAUUCGGUGAAAAAGGAUUCGGCGACCGGAUCACGCAAGCCACGAAGGUGCCGUGACACGUCAGAAAUUGAUCAACAAAUUUACAAUAAAAAGAUGGAAAUCAAGGAGGUUCAACGAAAAUGUCGUGCUGAAAACGGUGCACGUAAAAAGGAACGGAAGCACAAACGACAACAGCAAAGACAGCAGCAUGGAGCGGCGCAUUCACCUGCAGCAACGCAUAAUCAAAAUCAUCAGCAUCAAGAAACGCACCGUCGUAAUAAGAAGAGCUCAAGCAUGAUGGCCGAGCAUCAUAGGUCCGCUUGA